ACCUCACUUCCGCCCUGCGGCAAGAUGGCGGCGCCCGGGCCCCGCCACGCAGACUUCCGCCUCACGCCGAGACCUAGGGUCGGCCGCGGGCCGCGCCGGAGUUGAAGUCGCGACCAGCACGGCGUGGAGUCGAGACCCGCACGGCGUGGGGUCGGCGGGGGCUGGCAGCAUGUCGGGAGGAAAGGCCGCGGGCGAGCCCAGCGCUCCAGGAGCGCCCCGCUCCCUCCUCUCUGGCGCCCGGGGGCUUAUUGGACAGCGGCCGGCGCCACACAUCACCCCGGGCCGCCUUCCCUCCAUCCGCUCCCGGGAUCUCACCCUCGGGGGAGUCAAGAAGAAAACCUUCACCCCAAAUAUCAUCAGUCGGAAGAUCAAGGAAGAACCCAAGGAAGAAGUAACCAUUAAGAAGGAGAAGCGUGAAAGGGAUAGAGACCGACAGCGAGAGGGUCAUGGACGGGGCCGGGGGCGACCAGAAGUGAUCCAGUCCCAUUCCAUCUUUGAGCAGGGCCCCGCUGAAAUGAUGAAGAAAAAGGGGAACUGGGAUAAGACAGUGGAUGUGUCGGACAUGGGGCCCUCUCAUAUCAUCAACAUCAAAAAAGAGAAGAGAGAGACAGACGAAGAAACAAAACAGAUCCUGCGCAUGCUGGAGAAGGAUGAUUUCAUCGAUGACCCUGGGCUGAGGAAUGACACUCGAAACAUGCCUGUACAGCUGCCUCUGGCUCACUCUGGGUGGUUGUUUAAGGAAGAGAAUGAAGAACCAGAUGUUAAACCUUGGCUGGCUGGCCCCAAGGAAGAAGACAUGGAGGUGGAUGUGCCUGUUGUGAAAGUAAAAGAGGAGCCACGAGACGAGGAGGAGGAGGCCAAGAUGAAGGCUCCUCCCAGAGCAGCCAGAAAGACCCCGGGCCUCCCAAAGGACGUAUCUGUGGCAGAGCUGCUCAGGGAGCUGAGCCUUACGCAGGAGGAAGAGCUGCUGUUCCUCCAGCUGCCAGACACGCUCCCUGGCCAGCCGCCAACUCAGGACAUCAAGCCUAUCAAGACAGAGGUGCAGAGUGAGGAUGGACAGAUGGUGCUCGUGAAGCAGGAGAAAGACCGGGAAGCCAGGCUGGCAGAGAAUGCUUGUACCCUGGCUGACCUGACAGAGGGUCAGGUUGGCAAGCUGCUCAUCCGCAAGUCAGGAAAGGUACAGCUCCUCCUGGGCAAGGUGACUCUGGAUGUAACAAUGGGAACCGCCUGCUCUUUUCUGCAGGAGCUGGUGUCCGUGGGCCUUGGAGACAGUAGGACGGGGGACAUGACAGUCCUAGGACACGUAAAGCACAAACUUGUAUGUUCCCCCAAUUUUGAAUCCCUCUUGGAUCACAAACACCGGUAAAAUGAGCAGAUGGAGGAUGA